GUCCCACGAACCUCCGGCCCUGCAGUCAUGCCACACUCUGGAUUUCACUGUCAAGCUUCUUAAAAGAGAAAGAAAUCUGACUUGACCGUCAUUAAGGCCGGCGGUGUUUAAUGUGGAAGCGAUAAACGCCGACACUUCCGCGGUUCAGAGGAUCUGUUUGCUGGCGUGCCUGCGCGUGUAUGUAUGUAUGGGAGUGAACUGGAGAAAGCGAGGAGAAGAAGAGGAGGAGGUUUGAUUCAUCUAGAGGCACUCAGUGGGAGGAGCCAUGACCGAGGGGGAGGGGCAGUUCUACAGCGUGCAGGUGGGUGACUCCACCUUUACGGUGCUCAGAAGGUACCAGCAGCUCCGCGCCAUCGGAUCCGGUGCCCAGGGUAUCGUCUGCUCCGCUCUGGACACUGUACUUGGCAUCCCAGUCGCUGUGAAGAAACUGAGCCGGCCCUUUCAGAACCAGACCCAUGCGAAGAGGGCUUACAGAGAGCUGGUUCUGCUCAAGUGUGUUAAUCACAAGAAUAUCAUCCGUUUGCUUAAUGUCUUCACACCCCAGAAGUCAUUGGAAGAGUUUCAGGAUUUGUACUUGGUAAUGGAACUGAUGGACGCUAGCCUUUGUCAGGUGAUCCACAUGGACCUGGACCAUGAGAGGAUGUCUUACCUGCUCUACCAGAUCCUGUGUGGCAUCAGACAUCUACACUCAGCUGGCAUCAUUCACAGGGAUCUGAAGCCCAGUAACAUCGUAGUGAAGUCUGACUGCACCUUAAAGAUCCUAGACUUCGGGCUGGCCAGAACCGCCUGCACUAACUUCAUGAUGACGCCCUACGUAGUAACCAGAUACUACAGAGCACCAGAGGUCAUCUUGGGCAUGAAAUAUAAGGAGAAUGUUGAUAUCUGGUCGGUGGGUUGCAUCAUGGGUGAGAUGGUCAAAGGAAGUGUCAUAUUCCAGGGCACUGAUCGUAUAAUUAAAACAUUCAUGAUAUGUAAAUUUGUGGGAACCCCCUCUCUGGAGUUUAUGAACCGUUUGAUGGAGACUGUAAGGAACUAUGUGAUGAACAAACCCCAGUUUCCUGGAGUCAGUUUUAACGAGCUUUUUCCCGAUUGGGCCUUCCCUUCAGAGACUGAGCAUGACCAGAUCAAAACUAGUCAAGCACGAGACCUGCUGUCCAAGAUGCUUUUAAUCGACCCUGAAAGCCGCAUCUCUGUGCAGGAGGCCCUCAGUCACCCUUACAUCCAUGUGUGGUACGACCCAGCCGAGGCCGAUACGCCUCCUCCGCAGAUAUCAGACAAGCAGUUGGAGGAGCGGGAACACAGCAUUGAGCAGUGGAAAGAGUUGAUUUAUAAAGAAGUAAUGGACUGGGAGGAGAGGAACGAGAACGGAGUGCUGAAAGAGGAGUGUUUAGUAGACGGUACGGUGAACAGCAGCACCACUGCCUCCCAGUCAUCCUCUAUUAACGACAUCUCGUCCAUGUCGACGGAGCAGACAUUGGCCUCAGACACCGACAGCUCCUGCAUCGACACCCUCACAGGACCGUUAGAGGAGUGACUUCCACCUCCCCCGUAUCCACGCCUGUGUGGGCCAUGCUGUGGUCUUGACUGAAGAGAUCUUGUUGUAGAUAUGUAUGAUGAUGUGUCCUGUACUCUACAUUCAUUUUUAUGAUACAACAAGCCCUCUUCAUCCCAGACUUGAGGACGUUGCGGAAACCUGUCCUCUGGUUGUAGAAGAUGAUUGGAGAGACUGUGGAGGAUCAUAUGAGUGAAUUGUUGAGUUUGUGUGCCUCCAAGCUCUUCUGACAGACUGAAACGGGAAUAUCAGUAGAUAGAUCCUUCACUGAUGGACAGGACUGGAGAAUGAACUUGGCAUCACCAUAAUUUUCAUGCCUUAAGCUUCUCACUAUCAGCGUCUCUACAGCUAGGCCUGGAGAUCCCAAAAUGAUUGAUGGUAAUGUACCUACAAUCAAGUUCUUUUUCAGCAGGCUG